CCGGAGUUUAUGGGAUACAGCAAAAGCGGUUCUAAGAGAGAAGUUUAUAGCAAUACAGGCCUAUCUCAACAAACAAGAAAAAUCUCAAAUAAACAAUCUAACAAUGCACCUAAAGGAACUGGAAAAAGAAGAACAAACAAACAUGGACAACACCACCUGGUUGGCCAACAACACCAGAUGGUCAGAUUUCAUUCUGGUGGGACUUUUCAGUCAUUCCAAGCACCCAAUUGUCCUUUGUGUGAUCAUUUUUGUUGUUUUAUUGAUGACCUUGUCUGGAAACACCAUCCUGAUCCUUCUGAUACACUCUGAUGCCCACCUCCACACCCCCAUGUACUUCUUCAUCAGCCAGUUGUCUCUCAUGGACAUGAUGUACAUUUCUGUCACUGUGCCCAAGAUGCUCAUGGACCAGGUCAUGGCUGUGAAUAAGAUCUCAGCCCCUGAAUGUGGGAUGCAGAUGUUUCUCUAUUUGACACUAGUAGGUUCAGAAUUUUUCCUUCUAGCUGCCAUGGCCUAUGACCGCUAUGUGGCCAUCUGCCAUCCACUCCAUUAUCCUAUCCUCAUGAACCACAGGGUAUGUCUCCUCUUGGUAUCUGGCUGCUGGAUCCUGGGAUCAGUGGAUGGCUUCAUCCUCACCCCUGUCACAAUGACCUUCCCCUUCUGCAGAUCCCGGGAGAUCUAUCAUUACUUCUGUGAGGUCCCUGCUUUAAUGAAGCUCUCCUGCUCAGACACCUCCCUCUAUGAGACACUCAUGUACCUGUGCUGUGCCCUCAUGCUCCUCAUCCCUGUGACAGUCAUUUCAAGCUCCUAUUCUUUCAUCCUCCUCACCAUCUACAAGAUGAGCUCAGCAGAGGGGCGGAAGAAGGCCUUCACCACCUGUUCCUCCCACAUGACUGUGGUCAUCCUCUUUUACGGAGCUGCCGCCUACACCUACAUGCUCCCCAGCUCCUACCACACCCCUGAGAAGGACAUGGUUGUAUCUGUCUUUUACACCAUACUCACUCCUGUUCUAAACCCUUUAAUCUAUAGUCUUAGGAAUAAGGAUAUCACAGGGGCUCUAAAGAAAAUGUUAAAUUUGGGAUCUAUCUUUCGGGAAAAUAUAAAAUAG